AGGUAUGUCCAGAACACUCUGCUCCUGAAGGCGAGAAAGUUUGACGUGUGCUUCUAUUUCCUCAUUGCCUGCGCCACACCCACACACCUGUUCUUUCGCCAUGGUUACCUGCACUUCCUGUGACCUUUGUGACCCCAACCCCCACAACCCCUCUUCCCAUUUGACCAAUAAGAUGAGUAGAAAAAAUAUGCUUCUCUUGCUCGGCUUGCAAAAUAAUUUUGCAUCCCCUGACCUGCAAGUUUAGUAAUAUAAUCUGACAUUCACUAUUUCAGAAUCAGGUUGUCAACAGAUGCAUCGCCAUAGAAUACUGCAUGAAAAUAGACCAGAAACCAGGUCAUAAAAUAAUGGUACCAGUCCACUUUCAACAACUCUCUCUCUCUGGCCCAUUCAUGUGUAUCCUGAUCCCCUUGCUGUUUCCCCACAGUACAAGCAGAAGAAAAACCCUCUGUACAGUGUGCUGAAGGAGGAUGACAAGCUCAGGGUUGACAAGGGCCUGCCUAGGGAAUGGGUGCUGGGUACUAGGUUUGGCUGUUGAAGAUGAACUGUAACCCAGUCCACCACACCAACUGCAAGGUCCUGAAGGAAGUGAUUCCCAGUACUGUUGAGGACACUUCAGCCGCAGGAGCAAAACGGCAGUACACUUCCGAGCCCAGCGCUCACAAAUAGUGCCUCCACCCAAAAGCUCUCCACCACCAGCAGGACUCAGAAGGCCGAGUCUGUAGCAUCAGUGUCUGGGGAGGUAAUUGUAGAAACAUAGUUUCUCCUACAGUCAUGAUGGCUGUCUCUGAAUCCCUCACUGGCACUGAUACCACUCAACCGCCACCGACCCUCCUGUCCCUGUCACUACACUUAAUGAUCCAUCCCUGCAGGCUGCUCCUAACCAACCCACAGGCCCAGCAGGCACCCCCAGAGCCCAUCCCACCCCAAAACCCAGUACUCGGCCCCCCAAGCGAGACCGCACUCAGCUGGAGCUCCGGCUCAGCAAUUUCUGGUAGUGGCUCCCGGGGGAACACGCAACACUGCAAGCCACUAGACCUCCUGCAGGUGAAGAGCACCUUCAUGACCCUUUCCAUUCUGGCUCUGAGUGAAGGCUUUCACCUCUCUGUGCGACGCCUGCCAGUCACCAAAGCCUGCCCCCACGCCCACCCCGACCAGGCCCAACCCUUCUGCUACUCUGUAAGGCCCAUCCAGUUCCACCUGGCCCAGCCGGCACCAGCUGCCCCGUGUGGACAGACAAACAGGAGAAGGAAGGGGGGCAGGGAGGAGAGGGGGGCCAGGAGCCAGGUGAAGACACACAGAGCUCAGCCAAGGAAGAGAAAGAGCACACGGAGCUGUGAUAUAUUCACAUUGAGACACUCAUUUUGGUUAGUUGGCAGCAAUAUGGAACCUCGUCAUGAAAGGAAUCCCGCUUAGCUUUUCAUUACAGAAAAUCCCUAGAUCAUGUAUGAAAAUAAUAAAGUAUGUUUAUCCUCUGACCAAAACAGAUGAUUCUGUCUUUGACGCUUUGCAUUUUGAGGUGGCUUCAACAAUACAAUUGCACGAUCAGUAUGACAACUGGUCCUAGCACACCUACUCAACACUGUUCUAAUCUGUAACAACAAUAACAACUGCAGCACAAUACACACACAACCGUGUUGAAGCUGUGGCUUGUUUUUAUGACUGCUUUGUCUCUCAUGUAAACAGGAGGAUUCUUUCAACAACAGUCAACAGUGUCUCUUGUUUCUCAAUUGCUUAAUCUGCAGAAUUCUAAAACGGAGGCUGAUAGGCUUCAGAAGAAGUUAAGUUUUCUUUGUGACACCGUCAAAGUGAAAAUACCACUGAGGAAGUUGCGUGGCUCUCUGGGUGGUCUGAGUGCAAACUGACAGGAAGGAAGAAAGAGUGCACUGUUACGCUGCUCACAGUUUUUCGCUUCUUGACUAAACUCAUCUCAGGAACUUUGGCACCUUUUUCUUGGUAUUUCAGGGACAGUGAUAUUGUGUUUUAGGAAAAAGGGGGAACUAAGAAGUUAAGCGACAGGCGUGUCCUCUUUUCCUCUCCAUCCCCCCUCCCUCUCUCUACAUAUCCCCCUGUCUGGUCUUAGUGUGGUGCAGAAGCUGUAGGGAUGGGUGCAGAUGGAGGCAAAUGGUACAGUAUAGUUAGUGUGAGGACUAGGGCCUGAGGGUGAAGGAAAGAGUUCUCAGUCUGUCUGGACUGGACUAGGCUGCAAGAGGAGAGGAGAGGGCUACCUGGUCAUGGGAUGCUGUAGUGUGACUCAGAGAGGAGCGCAUUCUGGGAUUGACGAGGUGGGCCCUGACGAGAUCGAGCUUCUGGAGAUUGACAACUCAGGGAUGUGGACUCUAGGAGAGAGCAGGCUUCAGCUCUCUGUGAGGAAUGGAAAAGACGGUCCAACCUCUCGCUACCCUUCAGUGAGACACCUCGAUCAGGAGAUUAUGCUAUGGGGCAGGAGCAGAGAGGAGCUAUACCACAGCAUAUACAACCAGCCCAUCCGUGAUUGGGAGGGCCAGCCUGCACACAUGUAUGGAGAGAUAGUGCACUCCUCCUGUGUGUCUCUCCACAACAGCUACACACAGGAGACAAGUGAACACUAUCUGGUGCUGUUCUCCUUCCACUUAUUGAUUCUAUAUCUGGAUCCCUCUCGUCAAGACUUUAUCUACGAGGGCAUCCUGCCUCUCUCUGGACUGUCUUUCCAAGCCACCUCACUGGACUCCAACAAGCAACACAUAUUCCAGAUCAGUGGUCCAAUGGUGGACUCCAAAGUCUUCACCUGUGCCAGUGCAGCCGAGCUGAACAAAUGGAUACACCACAUGGAGGAGAGGAGAUACAAAUCCAUUAGCCAACCGCUAAGCCCCUCCAGCUGUGCGCUGUCUUACCUGGUACCCUGCGAUGAGAGCUGGAAGAAAGAGGAACUGAAAAAGUAUUUACUGCAAGCCCCAAUAAGGCACUGGGAAGGGGCCCCUAUCCAGCACAUGGGCCAGCCAGGAUACAUAUCCAUGGUCCACAUCUUCAAUACACAGAGACAGGGACUUCAUGAGCGGCUACUCGUACUCUUCCCUCAAGAUGUCCUCCUGCUCUCUGUGGAUAACGAGCGCCUCAGUGUGAAAUAUGAGGGUAAAUUGUCUCGGAAAAGCAUCGCAGCCGUGGAGAGGUCUGCAUUACCUGGGAGGCUGGAAUUUGAGUUAACAGGUGAACUGAUGGAGCCGCUGCAGGUAUCCUGCACCUGUCUUGAAGACUAUCAGAACUGGAUCUUCCAGCUACAACAGCUGGAAAAAAACCUCCAAGCUACCUCAAACCACACGGCUCCACCCCUCAUGCCAAAAAAACUGUGGAGCAGGAAGGAGUCCCGGGAACCAAUGACAGUAGCACAAAACUGAGACACACUGGCCAAUGGCCUCACUCAAUAGAAGACUCAUGCCUCUUUUCAUCAAUAGACACUGAAAUUGUGGAUAGCAUGUACUGUAUACAGUGUAUAUGCAUACAUUAUUCAGUCGGGUACAAUGAAAUUAAGAGAUUCUGGUGAAAUUUCUUAUGCUGUAGGUUACUGUCUGUAGAACUCUGCUUCACUAGUGACAGUAAUAGCAAUGGAUAGGGAGUAUAUUUUUAGUGCACUGAUCUUACAAUAUUUUUCGUCAAAUCGCUGUUUAAACCAAAAUAGAAAAUGUAGUGCUGUUCAUGACCUUUUCCAUAUUUUCUAUUAGGUUGUUCUUGAUACUGUAUGUACAAACUCAAUAAAAACGUUUUUUUCAUCACUACCUUC